UUGCGCAGUAUUUUGUCGUGUUUUCGUUCGCGUAUUACGUUAAUAGUCUAAUAAUAGUAAAUAUUAUUCGAUUAUUUAUAUUAAUAAAAAGGACGAAGGAUUCGAAAAAGGGCAAUCGGAUAAUCUACCUAAAAUAGAUGGAUUAAUGGUUGCUCAUUAUUUAUCAACAAAUAGUGAUUUUGUUGCCACCGAAAUGCGAGGGAUAAAAAUGCAAAGAUCGGCAAGAGACAGCUAUGGCGAUGAUGCUAUUGGUUAUGUUCAAGUAAAAAGAGUAGGUGAUGUAUGUACGGUUAAAUGUAGAAUCACGCCAGAACACCGCGUACGUACCAUACCUUAUCAUUGCAGCUUAGAAUGUAAUGAAAAGGAUGAAGAAGUUUUAAAUGUAACCUGCGAAGAUUGUGCCGCCAGCAGAGGUGGCUGUAAGCAUACUAUAGCAUUUUUAAUGUGGCUACAUCGUCGAAGCGAGGAGCCUUCAACGACUGCUACCAAGUGUUAUUGGAAAAAAUCUAAGCUCUCAGGUAUUGGUACCACACUGAAAAUGAUUAAAGCUAAAGAUUUCGGUACAAGUGGUAUAACACUUCAUUCAAAAUCACUACUGAAUCUAGCAGGUCAACUUGCUUUAGAUCUACACAAGCGUGUUGUACAAUGA